AUGGAUCUCAAAAACUGGACAGAGUUUCUUCGCGUCGAGCUGUUGGCAUUUGCAUUAUCAACACUUCGUAAGGGUGAUACAAGCCUGUAUGGCUUGGAAAGAGUGGAGAUAGCUGGUGAGGAUGGGCGCGAACUCAGCAUGAAUAUCGUCACAAGAGAAGUACAAAAUUCCAAGAGCUUAAUAUAUCAGUUGCUCGAUGCUGCUUAUUCUCUGCUUCCCAAUGCGUACAUAUGGUGGCGUAAUUUCGAUCUGUUCUUCUACUUACUAUCUUUCAUUGCAAAUUCGGGCGUUGAGGAGAAAAUCUACAUGAUCAACAGCGGAUUUGUAGGUGAAUUAGUCAAGUUUUCUUGGCCGACGAAAUAG